AUGGAUCCUUAUGAGUAUACGCACACAGUGAACGAUCCUACAGAACAUGAAGUAGAUGACGAUGAUUUAAAGAAACUUGAAAAAGACCUGGCACCUUCGUCUGCUGAUUUCUACGGCAUUCUGAACAUUUCCAAGAAGGCAACCGACGAAGAGAUUAAAGAAUCUUACAAGAAGUUAUGCCGUUUCUUCCAUCCUGAUAAGCAUACCGAUGAGAGCAAGAAGAAGAUGGCAGAAUCGAGAUUCCAAGUGAUUCAAAAGGCAUAUGAAGUUCUAUCUGAUCCCCAAAAGAGAAUCAUUUAUGACACAUACGGCGAAGAGGGAUUGAAUGCAUCAUGGGACAUUGGACCUCGUUACAAAUCAACUGAGGAAUUGAGAGAAGAAUACGAAAAGAAGGCUCGCCAAAAGAGAGAGCAGGAUUUGGAAAAUCUAGUGAGAUCCAGAGGAGAAUUCCAAUUGACAUUGAACGCAACACAAGUGUUUGAUCCUUACGAGCCACCUGUAUUUGCUGGAUUUGGACAACAAAUUCAACCUGCCAAAAAGAGAAACCGUAUUGUUCAUGCACUUUCCAAAGCACAGACACAGCAAUUAUUUAUGCGCCAUUCAUUCGAGACGCAAAUUGGACCUCAGACUCAUGUAGUGAUCGGUGGAUCCAUGGUCUCCAGAUCUGGUAUGGGUGGUGGUAACGUCUUGGGUACUAUUCGUCAUACAGUGUCCCCUAAAUUAUGGGGAGAGAUUACUGCUACAUUGCUCAAGCCAAGAAUGCUUUCAUUAAAAACUUAUUAUUCAAUUUCUGCAGACAGCUUUGUAAAUACCACCGCUCAACUCAACUCCGUGUACGACCCUCCUGUACUUUCUGCCACUGUCGGGCGCCGACUUUUCUCGGCCACUACAGGUUACAUGACGUAUCGCACUGGUGAAUGGUCUUUGUUUGGGUGGGGUGGCGAUAUCUCCCAAAAGAUGGACAGAUCUUCUGUAUCACUUGGUAUGGCAGGCAUGAAUAAACAUGGUAAUUACAGUGGAGAAAUUCAGACGGGUAUCAUGUCGUCCCACAUUGCUGGUGAACAUACCUACAAAUUGCCCAAUCAAGCACGUCUUCGUAUGUCCUGCACCUUAUCAUCAGAAGGCGGUGUUGUGGUUAGCAUUGGCAGCGAUCAUAAAAUGACGGAACAUGUACGAAUUGGCAUGUCGAUGGAAUGUGGAUUGCCUCUUGGAGUUGUCGUGAAAUUCAGGGUUUCUCGUCUUGGACAAAAGGCUGUAUUACCUAUAAUUCUUGCAUCCGAGUUUGACCUUAAAUUAGCGUUCUUCGGUGCUGUGAUCCCAGCUUCCGUUGCGGUAGCCCUUGAUCAGUUGGUCUUGAAACCCCGCCGCAAGAGGCUCAUCAAAGAAAAAAUCAAUGAACUGAGAGAAGAGCAUUCAGAGUAUCUUGCUAAUCGCAAGCAAGAAGCUUUGGAUGCACAAACCUUGAUGAUGGAUAUUGCUGAUAGAAAGAAGAAGCAAGAAGAGAAAAAGUCUAACGGUCUUGUUAUUGUCAAGGCUUGGUACGGUCAUUUAGAGAAUUUAGAAAAUGACAAUGACAAGGAAGAUGAGGUCGAGGGAGUGAUCGACGUUACCACCGUGAUUCAAACACUAGUCAAUGAGUCUCGACUGACAAUCCCAGGCGGCCAUUCAAAGACAAACAUUCUGGGAUUCUAUGAUCCAUGCUUGGGCGAGAAGAAGCGCCUUCGAGUGCAAUAUAGAUUUAAUAAUAGACUUCAUCAAGUAACUGUGCAAGACACCUCUGCUUUGAUUGGCCCAUCGCAAUCACAUCUUGUUUAA